UUUUCUUUUUUUUUUUUUGUACAUAUACAUAUAUUUUUUUUUAGAAUAUGAAUCCAUCAUCAAUACCUUGUUCAGGCUGGUUAUCCAAAUUAACACAUAGUCCAUUUGGUACUGCAAGGUGGCAAUCACGUUAUUUUGUAUUACUUGACACUGAAAUGCGAUACUAUAAAGAUGAACACUCAAGUAAUGCAUCGAAAACAAUUAAUCUUCAUGAUAUUUCAAAUGUGAUAAUCAUGACAAGGACACCAGGUCAUCCAUAUGUAUUUCGAUUAGAACCUACUACUACUCAUAGGGGUUAUCAGAAGAAAGUUUGGACAAUUGAAUGUAAAUCACAGUGUGAGCUUGAUGCUUGGGUUAGUGUCAUUCAAUUCCGUUUGUCUAAAUUGAUUAAAAAAGAACAAGCUGGUCUUGUUUCUAUCCCUGAGAAUAAUCGUCAAGAAUCUAUUUCUAUGCCACACCAUCAGGUCUCUCAAACUACAUGUAAUAAGAUAGAAACGGCAGCAGCCAUGAUUCAUCCACGACCUCGACCCUUAAAGAGGCCUAUGCCUUCUAUCUCCAGAAGAAGAGGAAUUGUUCUAUCUCGAUUAGAUGUCGAGAAUAUUCUUCCUACUCUUGAAAAUGAUAUGCUAUCAUCUUCUUCUUCUUCUUCAUCCUCCUCCUCUCACAGAUCUAGUCUUCCAUCAUUACCUACUAUUAGUCAAAAAACAACGUCAUCGGAAACAAUCACUAAAGAAGAAGGUUAUCAAAUAGAAUCUAAGAAUUCUGUUGACCUAAAUGCAUCCCAAGAUGCUUAUAUCAUAUUAGACUCAUCUUCUCCCACUUUUGCAUACUUUAAAAAACAAUUUAAUCUUUAAAAUAGGAUGAUGCAUUAUUUUAUUUUAUUUUAUUUUGCGGCGCUAAAAUAAAUAAAUGAACCUAUUUUCAUUUUUU